UCUAAAGUCGCAGCAAUCCAUGGCAAUAAAAUUUUCACAUUUGAAUUCUUUCCAUCAAAUAAAUAAUACCACCGAUAGUGUUGGGAAAAUACUGAAAAUGGAAAAUAACUCGACGACUUUAGCCCUUGAGCUAUGUGCGGAAUUGUUAGUGGAGGUGUUCCCGGAUGUUUCACCAGUCCUGAAGAAGUGCACAGUCAAGAUUGGACCAAACGUAUGGGUAAAAUCGGGCCCAUAUGCCGAUGUAUUUCGCACAACGUUACCAGCAUUUAUGAUUACCAUUGUGCUUGGUUUAUUUCUAACUCGACGCACCAUUGUCUCAAACGUUAACUGCAACUUAUUUAGGAGAGCAUUUGGAGUUAAAAUGAUUAGCGUUUUACGACUAGCGACGAUGGAUUAUUUUUCGAAUACAAACCCAAGUGUUGGUUGCGAUGGUAUGCAUGCUUCAGAAAAACCAGAAGUAGUUGGAGAUACUGAUGGAUCGGAGUACAUUUCCACGGAGGAGUUGACAGAAAAGUCACAAUGCUUGGAAGAUUCAUCUAAUUGUGAGGUCAACCGACCCGGAAUAGCUACAACGGAUCUAUUAAACAUAGGAGAAAAUCUGACGGACAUUGGAGAGCAUAUCACCACAAAACCAAAAAUUGUGCUGCCCUGUUCACAAAUGGUUUCUACGAAACAAUUGUUAGCAAUGAAGCUAGCUCUCAUGGGUGACGAAUAAUUGAGAAUACGUCCGUUCGUGACAUUCGCUUAUUCUAUGAAAACAUCUAUAAUUUACA